CCUCCCCCUCUCCCCUCCUCCGGGUCGCCCGCGCUCCCCAUAUGAAAACCCAGCUCCGCGGCCCCCCAGCGCGGAUGCACAUGUCGGCUUCGGGGACGGCUGCGGCUGGGGGCACCCGGGCGGCGGGAUCGGAGCCCGGUGCGGGGUCAGGAUCGGGCGUGGGUACCGGAACGGGAACGACGACGGGAGCCGGAGCCAUGCCGUGCAAGAGCGCCGAGUGGCUGCAGGAGGAGCUGGAGGCGCGCGGCGGCGCGUCCCUGCUGCUGCUCGAUUGCCGGCCGCACGAGCUCUUCGAGUCGUCGCACAUCGAGACGGCCAUCAACCUGGCCAUCCCGGGCCUCAUGCUGCGCCGCCUGCGCAAGGGCAACCUGCCCAUCCGCUCCAUCAUCCCCAACCACGCCGACAAGGAGCGCUUCGCCACGCGCUGCAAGGCGGCCACCGUGCUGCUCUACGAUGAGGCCACGGCCGAGUGGCAGCCGGAGCCCGGUGCCCCUGCCUCGGUACUCGGCCUGCUCCUGCAGAAGCUACGCGACGACGGCUGCCAGGCCUACUACCUCCAAGGUGGUUUCAACAAGUUCCAGACGGAAUACUCGGAGCAUUGUGAGACCAACGUGGACAGCUCCUCAUCACCUAGCGGCUCACCGCCCACCUCCGUGCUGGGCUUGGGGGGCCUGCGCAUCAGCUCCGACUGCUCCGAUGGCGAGUCAGACCGCGAGCUGCCCAGCAGUGCCACCGAGUCAGAUGGCAGCCCUGUGCCAUCUAGCCAGCCAGCCUUCCCGGUCCAGAUCCUGCCCUACCUCUACCUCGGCUGCGCCAAGGACUCCACCAACCUGGAUGUGCUCGGCAAGUACGGCAUCAAAUAUAUCCUCAACGUCACACCCAACCUGCCCAACGCCUUCGAGCACGGCGGGGAGUUCACCUAUAAACAGAUUCCCAUCUCUGACCACUGGAGCCAGAACCUCUCCCAGUUCUUCCCGGAGGCCAUUAGCUUCAUAGAUGAAGCCCGUUCCAAGCAGUGUGGCGUCCUGGUGCACUGCCUGGCAGGCAUCAGCCGCUCGGUGACAGUCACCGUGGCCUACCUGAUGCAGAAGAUGAACCUGUCCCUCAACGACGCCUACGACUUUGUCAAGAGGAAAAAGUCCAACAUCUCACCCAACUUCAACUUCAUGGGACAGCUGCUGGACUUUGAGCGGACGCUGGGGCUAAGCAGUCCAUGCGACAACCACGCCCCCAGUGAGCAGCUCUACUUCUCCACGCCCACCAACCACAACCUGUUCCCACUCAACACGCUUGAGUCCACGUGAGGCUGAGGAAUGCAUGGAUGCGUGCAGCAUUGGAGGGGAUCCUUCCAGCCUUCCGCAGGACCUGGCAGAGGCCCCAAGCCUGCUACCCCUGGCCUGAGGAAGCCACAGAAGUCACCUGUGACCAGAGGUCCAGGCCAAAUUCCCUGGCCAGUCUGUGGGACUGAGCUUUACGGGCAAGGCCACUAAAAGCAGGACCUGGUGGAGAGGCCUCAGCCUUCAGACACUUGGUUUGGGGCCCCGCAGGGCCUCGUCUUUGGCACCAGGACAUGCCAUUCAGCUGAUGGCCCGGCCAUUCUGGCUUUUUUAAAAGACCUAUCCAUGGACCUGAGUUUACUUUUUACUUUUGCCAGGUAAAUCCAAGCUCCCCAGAGCACGGGGAGUGUUCAAACUCUUCUGGAUUAUUUUCUUUCUCUCCUUCUUCCUUUCUUGCUUUCUUUUUUUUUUUUUAACAGAAAGUGUUAUUUUCAGGCUACAUGCAAACGUGGAUCAUAUAAAACAGUAUUUCAUCCCUAUCUUGAUCCUGCAAGAGAGAGUGAGAGAUAUAUUCCCAGUUUUGUUUCUCUUCCUAUUUCAAAAAGCAGCCAUUGGUGCGUUUUUGUUUUUGUUUCUAAUGGAAAAGACAAAUCCCGAGUUCUUGACCAAA